UUAAAAAGAACCCACAAUGUAUCUGUGGAUAUGGUUAAUCAUGAGUUUAGACAGUGUAUGUCGUCAGUAUACAGUUUGUGCAAUAUGCAAACUUCACAAAUUCUCUUUGAGUACUUCUUCAUUGGUAUACAAGAAUUUAUACAUGCUUACAAGCUCAAACAUUUGGGAACAUCCAUAAGAUUGUGUUGGGACAGGUCAGUUCGUUGCAUCUCAAUUCAUCUUGGAUUCAAAUUUUUAGACCCUUCAUCCACGAACCCAGUUAUUCAACACAUGUCUAGAAUAUAUCAAUUUUACUGGAUAUUCAAAUGCCCCAUUCUACAGGAAUUUCCAAACUAUCCUAUCCAUUGUUUCUGCAGCGUAAUUUUUUUUUUUUUUCAAGUAGUGGUCUGCUACUAAUAUGUGACUGUAUAUACUAUAAUCAUUUAUGAUGCGGAUAAAUCAAUAGUUUUUAAAAAUUAGUCUAAUUUAUCUGAUUUGAUUUUAGGCCAUUUGCCCAGUUUGAGUCAUAAAGAUGAAUUUGGGUAAUUGCUCAUUAUCAGACUAUGCGAGUUAUCUACAAUUUGCACGGAGUACACACUUGUAUUCCUUACUCGAUAGCUGCAUAGUCUGAUGAUGAGCGUCUACAGGUCAAAAUCACUGCAAAACUAUUUUGCACCAUGACCGAGAUGGAAGAUUUGGUCAACUGCCAUGGAAACAUCGAAGACCGUUACAUACUUGGGGACAUCAUAGCCAAAGGGCAGUUUUCAACAGUAUACAAAUGCCUUUAUAAAGGAAAAACCGAGAGGGCAUGCCGAAUUUAUAAUAAGAAAGAUGUCAAUAAAGAAAAGAUCAAAAACCAGCUCGAACAGAUAAUAAAAAUCAGACACACCAACUUGAUCCAUAUUUUUGAGGGUUUCGAAACAAAAGAUGAAGUUAUGUUCCUGUGCGAGAGGAUCACGGGAGAAGAACUAUUUGAAAGAAUAGUUACACUUGGACAUUAUAGUGAGGUGCAAGCUGCUCAUGUAACACACAGCAUACUCUCUGCACUAGAGUGCCUUCAUUCCAAAGGGAUUGUCCAUGGGGACAUAAGACCUGAGAGCCUGAUAUACCAAUCUGAAGACCCUGAGGCUAUUCUUAAACUUAGGGACGUCUCAUUUGCUAGUCAUACACCCAGUACCUACACAACGGUUUAUGUUGCUCCUGAGAAUGAAGAUGUUCCUACUAUUUCUGGUGAUAUUUGGAGUUUAGGAAUUGUUCUUUAUGUAAUGCUAUUUGGCCUCGAACCGGAAACAGAUGCAUCUGAAUAUAUUGAAAUUUCUCCAGGAUUGUCGGUACCGAGUUGGGAAGAUGUUUCAUAUUCAGUUAAACACCUUUUGAGAGAAAUGUUGAGCAGUAAACCUUCAGUAAGGUUGAGUGCAAAAGAAGCAUUGCUGCAUCCAUGGGUCAACGGAGAGAGCACUAAACAGACUCACAUGGAAGGAGCAGUUGAAAGGCUAAAACAGUUUAAUGCAAGAAGAAAAUUCCGGGUGGCGACAAAAGUCGUUCUAAUGACUCAAAAAAUGAGCCAUCAUUGCCACCAUCCAAACAGGACGAAGGAACAUAGAUAAAAAGGCAAAAUUUUGUUUUUAAUCAUUUUUAAUAUCAAAACUUGCAAAUUUAUAUUUGUGAUUAUUACAUUCUAGAGAAAAAAGUACCUUAUAUUAUAUAACUUUUUAUUUAAAAAAUAAUAAUAUUUGUUAAUUAAUAAAUAAAUUAAUAUAAGGUAAUAUUAUAUCAAAUAUGUUCUUAUAAAUGCAGUGUAGCUCUAUUAAAAAAAAUAAAAAUAAAAUAAAAAAAGAUUUUGUCAUCCUGAUACAAACGACGCUUUAAAGAGCAGAUUAAUAUAAGAUUAACAUGCAAUAUGCCUUUGACCAAUUCCUAAUCUUUUGUCCUGUAUGAGGGCUCCACG